CUUCUCCCAUUGUCCAUCCUCUUCCAUCACCUUCCCAAAUCAACAUUUCCAAACCCCAAAUUGACACAUUUACACAAAAAUCUCCCGCAAAUCCAUUCCCCACACGGGGGAGGUUUCCCCCACACAGUGAAGGGCGUGGCACCUUCAGGGCCACGCCACGCCACUUGCGGGGCGGUGACGCUGAUGUCCCCUCCUUGGUGUCCCCGUGGUGGUGUCCCCGUGUCCCCUCAGCGGACAAGUGCAUCCAGAACGUGUACCGGGACCUGCGGCUGCGGCGCAAGAGCACCCAGGACUACAUGGGCAUCCUGGGCAACCUCAUCCUGCGCGACAAGCUGCCCCUGGACGACAUCCGCGCCAGCGUCACCGAGAUGAUGGCCGGAGGGGUGGACACGACGUCCAUGACGCUGCAGUGGGCCAUGCUGGAGCUGGCGCGGGCCCCGGGCGUGCAGGAGCAGCUGCGGGCUGAGGUCCUGGCAGCCAAGCGCGAGGCGGGAGGAGACCGCGAGAAGAUGCUGAAAUCCACGCGGCUGCUCAAGGCCGCCAUCAAGGAGACGCUCAGGCUGCACCCGGUGGCCGUGACCCUGCAGAGGUACACCACGCACGAGGUCAUCCUGCAGGACUACCGCAUCCCACCUGGGACGCUGGUGCAGGUGGGGCUCUACGCCAUGGGCCGCGACCCCGACGUGUUCCCGCGGCCCGAGCGCUUCCGCCCGCAGCGCUGGCUCGCCGCCGGCCCCAAGCCCUUCCUGGGGCUCGGCUUCGGCUUCGGGCCGCGCCAGUGCCUGGGCCGCCGCAUCGCCGAGCUGGAGAUGCAGCUCUUCCUCAUGCACGUGAGUGUCCCACCGUCCCCACCGCAGGGGACGGCGUGGUGGCCAUGGGGGACAUCCCAUGGGGUUCCCAAUGUGAGGGGACAGCGUGGUGGCCAUGGGGGGCAUCCCAUGGAGUUCCCAAU